AUGAAGAAAUUACAAAUAAGAAAACAAAAAUUUGAAUUAGCGAUGAUUUUAUGGAUGGUGAUGACGCUAUGGCACAGUCUACCAGUAUCGAUGCAAACGACAAAAAUUAUUUUGGCCAUAGUAUUGGUCGUAUGCUUAAUCUCCGUGCUGGAUGCGAAAUCAAGCCAGCACACUUCAAAUGAUUUGUUCCGGGAACGACUGGUAAACUUCUUACUCGAAGCUGAACGACGUGGCUUGUUAAAUGAUCAAUCACUCGAAUCCGAAGAGUCACAAGAACAUGAAAAACGUGCAUUACACAGUCUAAAUAAUAAACAAACCAAUCAACGAGGAUUCAUUCGUCGUAAACUCGUUGGAUUAUCUGAUGAUCCAUACUAA